GUGGACAGUCAGCUGAACGGCAGGCUAGCAACACUUAGAGCUACCAACCCCGGGAAUUACUAACUGAAAGGCGGGGAAGCUAUCCUAAAUCAAAUAGCUGGAGUUGAGGCGUUGUUGCUAUACAGUAUAGCGUCAGGAGACAAACCGCGGCAAAUAUCGCGACCGGGUUUGUUUUAUUUGUUGCUAGCUAACUAGCUACCGUAAAAUGUAUCAGAAGUAGCCAUAUGAAGUAACUUGGCUUGCUAGCUAGUAGCUAGCAGGUUAAAGUUAGCUCACAAAUAUUCUGACACUGACAGCAGUGUACCGGGGCUAGCGCUGUGCGUUGGCCGAAGAGACAGUGUGGAAAAGUUGGAUUAUUCUCUUCAUUAUGAAAUUAUUAUGACAAUGGAAACUUGCUGAAAUCAGAUCCUUAGUCUACUGGUAUACUGCCUUAAUAAUGCGGGUUUGGUUUAAAUAUCGCAUACAAUAAGGAGAACACUCGUCCCGGUGAGAAGGAGUGAUGAGGAGCAGUAGGGGGAGUAAUGCCCCGGUUCAACAGCAGCAUGACAACAGCAGAGAAAUGUCCACUGCAUGGAGAGGCCUGAACCAGACCAAAGCUGCAUUGCGGCACAUCGAGAACCGCCUGGAGGCCGCACCGGGGUCAGGGGUUCAUCUGGACGUCGUCAUGGAUACCAAGAGAAGCGCCAGGGGUGCCACUCGGAAAGUCAGCUGCAGAGACGGGAGACGAGCCGAUGACCUCACCCAGGUGGGCGGGGCCUCCAGGUGGAGGAGGCGGAGUCAGGGCAGCCCUGACAAGAGCUCCCGCUCCCCGCUGAGGAACACAACACAGGACAGCAACGUCUGCAGGAACACCUGUGUGGACUUCAAGGAGCCGCUGGCGUCCUACAGGGAGGCCACGCCCCCUUCCCAAGCCCCCUCUCUGUCGGAGGCUCACAGCCUGCAGGGGGGGGUGUCCUCCGCCCCCCCGCGGCCCCCCCCAGACCCCCUCAGCCAGCUGGUCUACCAGAGCGAUACCCGCGACCGCCAGACCGACCACGAUCUGGACAGCACCCGCUCCUCAGCCCUGGACAGCACUGUGGUCCGCUACCUCAACGACCGGCCCGCCCUGGACGCCCUGCGCACGCCCGCACACACCGCCCGGGGGGGCGCGGAGGAGGGGAGGCCCACAGCUCAGAACCACAACCUGGGGAGUCCAGGCCCAACCUCGGGCCCGGGACCCGCGGGCCAGGCCGACACCUCGGACUCCACCAGCCCCGGCUCGGCCUCCCAGCGGCUGGAGAACCUGCGGCGGCGCCAGCCCGACGACAAGCUGGAGAAGCUGAAGGAGCGUAUCCGCAGGCAGAGGGAGAACCUGGAGGAGGCCGCGGAGAGGGAGAGGCUGCUGGGGUACCUGGAGAGGCCCGUGGGCCUGGCAGGAACCACAGGGACCUCCUCCAGCACCGCCACGGCUACCGUCCGCAAGGUGGUGGCUGCACCCCCAGCACCCAUAUACAGAGGUUUCAACAGCAGUGAGACCAAGAUCAGGAUGCCUGACGGCAAAGUGUGGGGGGAGGAUGACUUCCACAACCUCAGCAGAGAGAUCUACAGAGACCUGACUCGACAGUUCACAGAGAGCACUCAGCCCCAGCGUCAGACUCAGCGGAAGGAGAGAUCCAGGGACAGGAAGUCCUCCAAGCCCGUCAGGAAGGUCCACAAGUCUGCCUCGGCUCCUGACCAGGAAACCAAGCCAGUGAUCAGCACCACUUCGUGGCGUGAGGGCCAGAAGAUGGUGAAGAUGGUACUGGGUCCUCCCAGGGUUCCCAGGGAACCAUCUCUCCAGCCCUCCUCUCUUCAGCCCUCCUCUCUCCAGCCCUCCAACACACAGACCAGGACAGCGCCCCCUGACAGGUGUUCUUCAGGCCCCCGUCCAGAGUCGAGCCGUCGCUCGCGGCCCGGUAGCUCAGAGAGAGCUCGUGGUCACAGCCGGGGGCGGAGCCACAACCAGGCCCGGCCCCCGCCUUCAGCCACGCCCCCUCCGCAGUCUACCGCCGCCCCCGGGGACCAAGCCCCGCCCCCUCCCAGCGGCCUCCUCUCAGCAGACAUCCGCGGUAUCCUCGACGACCUGCAGCUGGAAAGCAAGGCGGCAGAGUAUUAUGGGCCGGAGGAGGUCAGCGCCACGAGGAGGAGAGGCGGGUCGGGGUCGCGUGCGACGUCCAGAACCUCCGUCUGGAACGGCAUGGCAGCCCGCGGCUCUCGCAGUGCCAGCCCCGUCAGGCACCGGCCGGAACCCGCCGCCGCCGAACCGGCCGUGAAGAAACGCCACUACGACGCCGACCAAGUCCGGCAGUACAUCGCCCGGCAACAGGAGGAGAGGAGGCGGAGGCAAGCGGACGAGAGGCGGAGCCAGAGGGAGGAGGCGGAGAGGAGGAGCCAGCGGCUGCAGGAGCUGUACAGGAAGCAGCGGGAGGGCGUGGCCAGGGGCGGGCCCGGCCCAGGCCACGCCCCCGCGGCGGCGGAUGCUCCGGUUCAGAAGCGUCUCCAGGAGACUUACACCAAGCUGCUGCUGGAGCAGGUGGAGCAGGUGGAGGGGCCGCAUGCCCCUCUGUCUGGGGCCCCUGCUGCACUGCAGCAGAGGCCAGUGUACCAGCCCUCUGGAGAGUCGGACAAGGAGAACAAGAGACAGGAGCGUCCUCUCAGUGUCUCCUCCAGCAGUGACAUGUCUCUGUCUGAGCCAGCCCCUCCCCCUCUGUCCAGGAAUGAUCUUGGUGUCGGGGUUUCCUCCUGGCUGCAGCCAGACCGUCUGAGCCCUGCCGUCAGAGGAGCAAGCAGCUCAUCGGCGCCCCCUGCUGACCACUUUCUGUCUCAGCUGCUGGGCCUAGAGCCAGCGGGGGCCCGGGGCAGGAACGCCCCCCCAGCAGCCAUGACCGCCAGCAUCGCCAAGACGUCGCGCAUCGAGGCCCUGAAGGCCACAGCUGCCUCUCUGUCCACCCGCAUAGAGAGCGAGGCCCGGAAACUGGCCGGGGCAGGGACCAGCUACGGCUCAGCCACCGCCGCGGGCACGGGCGCCAUCUUGGCUCCCCUGCCCCAGGACGCUGACGAGGAUGGCCGCUGGGCCAGAGCGAUGAGCCCGCCCAUCAGAGAGGGAAACGGAGGCUCCGUGGCCUUGGAGGCCGACCACCUGGCGCUCAGGAUUCGGAAGCUUCUCAGCGCCGGCCAGAGCGCGUACAACAGCGACCUGACAGGCCUGGGAGAUCUCCACGGUUACCGAGAGAAGGUGGGGCUCCCUAUCGCUAACCACGCCUCUACAUCAGGCCACACCCCCCAGCGACAAGAGGGGGGGAGCUUAAUGAACGGCGUAGCCAUGACGAAGACUGAGGGAUCGGUACAGAGGAGAGGAAACGGCAGGAUGGAGGACGGAGAGGAGGAGGGGGGGCCAGGUCUCCAUGACUCCAGCGGGGGCUCCAUCAGUGAAGGACCUCUCCUGAGCGAAGGCAGCCUAUCAGAAGGAGACGCCAGCCCCCCGGCCAAUCGCAACGCAGGAGGGGCGGUCCCCCGGCCGGCUGAGCGCCUGGGCGCCCUGGACUUCUGCUCCGGACAGAGAGACGGCCUCCAGCCCCUCCUCCGCUUCCAGAGGGAGGCGGAGGGUUGCCCCGCCCUCAGCCCGCCCCUGGCCCCGCCCCCACGCGACAGCCGGGCGCCGUGGGAGGAGCUGGCCAAGGGAAGCCCUCACAGCGUCAUAAACAUCUUCACCAAGAACCACCUGCUCAGACAGGGCAAAGCGGUUGAGGACAGACCCGAGAGGACGUCCCCUGCGCUGCACGGCAGCCAAUCGGCUGGUGGCUCCGGGGAUGGGCCGGCCUAUGAGGACGACUUUGUGUUGUCGCGCAGCAGCGGAGCCAGUAGCCAGUCGAAGAGAGGAUCGUCUGGUCGCGGGGCCAGCAGCCACUACGAGGAGCUGAUGAGCCGCAGGUCUCCGUACGACCACCUGACCCAGCGCUCUGCUGGCUCCACCCCUAACUCCUCCCCCCUCUCCAGAGGCUCCGCCCCCGUCUCCUCGCCCCACUCCCGGGGCUCCGCAGGCAAGAGAGGAGGAGUUUCUGACCGCAGUGACGCCACUCUGGUGGACGACCCCUGCUCUCCGCCCUCAGAGACCCCGCCUGCCAACGCCAGGAGGCGGGGCUCUCACAAGAGCUCCGCCCCGAGCUCCGCCCCCAGCCAGGCCCAGAGCCCCUACUCUGACGGCACAGGAGGGGGCGCCGCGGCCCAUUCUCUACGCAGUCUGGGUAGUAAGAAGUCUCCAGUCACUAGUCCUCACCAGUCCUCGGGAGGCUCACCUCCAGGCCCCCAGUCGCCCCCAGGGGCAGGCUCGCCCGCCGGGGCCCAGGACAAUGGCUCAUCAUCGGGCAGGGACACCCUGGGUAGGGGCCUGGGUAACGGUCUGGGGAGUGGAGCUUCUCUGGCCUCAGCCAGGGGGGAAGCCACCUCUGCUGGGAUGUCCGCCGCCCCUGCAGAGCUGCAGUAUGCCCCGGGGGUGCUGCAGCAGAGGCUGUCAGCAGAGCUCACCUACCUGGAAUCCAUCGAGGAGUCGGUCAGGCAGCUGGGGGACGUGGAGAGGCUCCGGGGCGUGUCCCUGGCCCAGCAGGAGAGCGUCUCAUUGGCCCAGAUACUCAAGGCCCAGCAGCAGCGUCAUGAGCGUGACCUGUACGAGCUGAAGAUCAAAGCUGGGAGGGAGGCGCUGGAAACACAGAUACAACUAGAGGAGAACCGUCAGAGAGCAGCCAGGGCGCAGGUGGAGUUGCAGGAGAGCAUGGUCCAAUCACAGCAGGGCGCUCUGAGCGGUUUCCAGGACGCCACCUCCAAGAUGGCGUCCCAGCCGGCUGAGGCGGCCCGCUACACUGCCGAAGCUGCGCGCCACAUCAGAGAGAUGACAGAGCUGGCUCGCUCCCAGAUAGCAGGAGCCCUGAGCGUCCCGGCUGCCCCCCUCACCUCCCUGCACGACCAGCAGGGGCCGCAGCACCACAGCCUAGUCCAGCAGCUGCAGUCACGCACACACACCGACAGCUCCAGGAGUGAGGGUUCAGCCGGCAGGAGCAGGCCCGAGGAAGCCCUCUCCUCCCUGGACAGCCUGAGCCGCACUGACUCCCUCCCUUCCAGGAGACCCAACAUCAGCGGCGGAGGCAGCAGCCAGCAGAGCCCGUCCCAGACCUCGUCCUCCCCCAGGGAGCGCUGCAGGGAGGGGCCUCAGGACGGGGAGCGAGGGAGGGGGAAGGACGGAGCCGGCAGCUCGGUGGAGGAAGAGGCUCACACGGCUGCCGACGACUCCCUCCCCAGCGACAGCAUCGCCUCCCUGCUGGAGGAGAAAGCAGACAGUGCCUCCGUGGUGACAGAAUACUCCCUUAAAUUUGACGAGUCGAUGACCGAGGACGAGAUCGAGGAGCGCUCGUUUCGCUCCCUGCUCCCGUCCGAGGCGCACCGCAGAGGCACGCUGGACAGGAAGCCCCGCCCUCAGGAGGAGUCGGAGGAAGAGGCGGCCAAUCGGGACAAGGCGUCAGGGACGCAGAACGGCUCCAGGCAGGAAGGGGCCAGCAUGCCCUUCUCCUCCGGCCAGCACAGCUUCUCCAGGUUCACCAUGGAGAUGGUGCGUCAGUACAUGAAGGAGGAGGAGGUGAGGGGCCGUCACCAGAGCUCCCUGUUGCGCCUGCGUCACAGGGCCAUGAAGGACAAGACCCGCACAGAGCUGGCCUGGCUGGAGCACCAGAAGAGGCGUCUGAGAGACAAGGGGGAGGAUGACAAGAUGCCCCCCAUCAGGAAGAGGCAGAGAGGCCUGAUCCUCAAACUGCAGCUGGAGCAGGCGGAGAUCAGGCGUCUCCAGGAAGCCAACAAGGCGGCCAGGAAGGAGCGCCAGCUGCUGUGGAAGCAGCAGGAGGACAUCGAGAGGAUCCGCCACUCCACCCUGCGGCUCCGGGAACGUCUCAAGUGUGCUGGAGACCCCAGCUCUCCGGUCAGCAGCCCUCCGGAGACCCCCGUGUCGGAGACCCCAGCGGACGCGUCGUCUCCCCACAGCACGGUGCACACGGACGGGCACGGACGCUCCCCCUCUCCCCUCUCCGUCUCCGGCAGCGAGACCAGCAGCAUCAUGCAGAAGCUGAAGAAGAUGCGCUCUCACACGGACGAGAAACACUGCUCCCCUGUCCACUCCUUCCUGUCUGUGUUGUCGGCUGAGCACUGGGCCUCUCUCAGUCUCUGCCUCCCCAACCUCCACCCCAAACUCCAGCUCUUUAUCUCCAACCAGCUGGUCAGGUUCCUGACUAAGCGGGAGCAGCAGCUGAUGCAGCGGAGGCGUCACGCUGAGGACCUGCUGGAGUGGAAGCAGCGUCUGGACCAGGAGGAGGCUGAGGUCCGCAGGAUGGAGAGGGAGGCGCUGGCGGCCUGGGACCGCCACACGCCCCGGGGCCCGGAGGGUGAGGGGGAGGGCUCCACCCCCGGAGCUGAGGGCAGGGCUGCAAGGGAGAGAGGUGUUGUGAGUGUGGGGGAGUCCUCUCCGGUGACUACAGAGUCCAGCGUGCACACCGAGUUCUCUGGCUCCCAUCCUCCCUCCAGCCCCUCCUGCUCCACCGCCCCUCCUGGCUCCGGCUCCACCCACAACAGCCCGGCCAGCUACUCCCAGGAAUUUGACUCCACCCCCCACUCGCCCCACCAGAGGUCUCCUCCAGCUGAAGUCAGCCCCGGCUCCUCCACGAUGCCUGAGGCCAGCGGGGUGAGGACGCAGCCCCCCUCCCCCCGGACCCCCGGCCAGGCCCUGGCCCCGGACACCCCCUCCGCCGCCCAGACCGAGCCCAUGUCGGAUCAGAGCGACAUCGAGAGCCGUAUCCGGGCGCUGAAGGAGGAGCUUCGGAAACGCAAGUCGAUGGUGUACCAGCUGAAGAAGGAGCAGAAGAAGAGACACAAGGAGCGUCUGAAGGCCCAGGAGGCCAGCCUGCUCAAACAGCUGGAGUCCUACAACAACUUCAUACAGAAGACCGAGGCUGAGCUGAGCAAGGAGCCAGACUCUCUCCACGCCACAAAGCCCCAGAUUAAAGUCCCCACUGCCUCAGAGAAACCCAGGGUCAAACCUCCACCUCCAGACAGAUCUGAAACCAGUCAAAGUUGGAAGGCUGGCUCUGAGAAGAUAGGCCGUGAUUCUCCUACGGAGCACGAUGACCUCACCCCACUUGGACGCAGCAGAUCCACCUCUUUACCUGAGGAGCUGUCAGACGAGGACCCUCCUACCGUCACCCCCACCCCCGUCUACGGCAGCCCAGAGCACAGCAACGCCCCGAGAGACCUGCUCUCCCCUCAGGCCCACUCCAGGCCUCCGUCCAGAGACACCCAGAACCUGAGCGGGCCGUCCCAGAAACCGAGCACCGAGCUUGGGGACACCAGCGUGGUGUCCAGCCAAAGGUCUGAGGUCCUGGAGGAACUGGAAGUGGAGGGCUCUCAGCGUUCCACGUCUGAAGGUCUCUUUAAAAUGAACCUGGAAGAGAGACCCGCCUCCUCCAGGAGAGACCAGCGGGGGGUUUCCCUGACGAGCCGCCUCGAUGCAGAUGACAGGCCGAUGCCAGGGGAUUCCCCCGACGUUGAUGACGUCAUCAAAUCUGGGACGUCCCUCGCUAACAAAACCCCUUCCGUCGCCACGGAGCCCAAAGGUCCCGACCCUCUCGACGCCGAAUCUUCUCUUAGUGACCGCUCUUUCUCCCCAGACCCUGACCAGCUCUCCUCUAAGAGAGAGCUUCCAGCCAAGGGCACGGAGGCCUCUCCACCUUCGGCAGACGGUUACCAUGAAGACUUUGAGUCCUCCGUGGAGUCAUCUCCCAGGGAGGAGGCCCAGCACGGCUCCAAGCCCACCUCGCCCUCCUCGCCUGCCCACCCAGGACCCGGGAGGCCCGUGGAGGGUUCCCCGACCGGGUCCCCUCGCUACAGCAGCUCGGAGGACAGGGAGGGAGACAUAUCGGAGGAGUUCAGCCAACACUCGGACACUUCCAACGACAGCCGCCGGUCUGGGAGGAUGCUGGACCUCCAGAAACAAACCGGAGGUUCGCAGGAGGACACCAAGGAUGACGUUUUUAGCCCCAAACACUCCCUCUCCCAGACCUCUCCUCUCCCGGGCAUAGAUGAGAUGCCCAGCUUCAGCGUUGGAGACCGGGUGUUGGUCAGCAGUGUUCAACCUGGGACCCUCAGGUUUAAAGGUCAGACACAGUUUGCUAACGGGUUUUGGGCGGGCGUAGAGCUGGACAAGUCUGAAGGCAGCAACAACGGAACCUACGAUGACGUGGUGUACUUCCUGUGCGAGGACCGCCACGGCAUCUUCGCCCCUCCCGACAAGAUCUCCCACCUCCCGGAUAAGUUUGAGGUUUACGCGGACACCACGGAAGACGAGGACUCGUUCUUGGACGACCUGUCGGACGAGGAAGCGAAGACGAGCGCCGCUGACAGGAAGUCCAGACGCGGAGGUGUGAAGGACCGGACGCCUCAGAGGGCUUCCGGGGGCGGAGACACGGCGCCUGCUGAUGAUGUCAGCGACGGCCCGGUGGAUCACCAGAACAACCUCACCGCUGCCAAAGACAAGCCUCAGGCCACGUCGGCAGAUGUCAAGAAGCAGGGCGAGCGAUCGAUCCCCAACGGCCGGAGCAGAGACAUCAUCCUGGAGUUACAAGACACCCCAACCACCCUGUACAUCUCCGACAUGGACAAGAUCGACUGGGGUAGGAGGAGCCUGAAGGAGACCACCAGCCUCAUCGAGGCGGAAGGCCGGGAGGGGCAGCUGAAGAGCCCCGCCUCCGAGGCUGAAGUCAGAGGCGGCGACGCCCUCGGCACCUUCGCAGAUAAGCUCAUCAACACCUUCGUCAAAGAUGCGGUGAAGCAGUUCACCCAGAUCAGGAGGGCCAAGGAGGAGAAGAUCACAACUGCCAACCAGGUGACGGACGUGUCGACGGGAGGUGAAGGCUCGAUGGUUUCGGGGAUCCAGAGGGAUGGUCUCCCCUUCUUCUUGGACUCUGAGCAGGAAGAGGUUUCCUCCCCGGAACUCUGCAACAGACCGGAGAGCCCCAUGCUGGGGGCGAGCGGCCAGGAGGAGCUCGCCAGGCGCCUGGCGGAGCUGGAACUGAGCCGCGAGCUCCUGGACGAGUUGGGGGACGAGCAGGACUGGUUCGACGAGGACUUUGGGCUCAGCACCCGCCGGGAGCAGCAGAGGCAGAAGCAGAGAGAGGAGGAGGAGGCGCAGGGCGGGGGAGGAGCAGGCCGCUCAGUCCUGGGGGGUCAGGGAGAGACGGUCCCGGUGAAGACCCCCCCCAGACCAGAGCUGCCGUUGCCCCCGAAGCUGCCAAAGCAGCCUGCCAUGGUGGUGCCCCACACCGCCCUGCAGGUGGAGAAGCUGGUCCACGCUGCCACCCAGGAGAUCUGGCAGGGCUGUGGGCUCGGCGGCGGGGGCACGGUGACACUGACUGGCCUGCCCGUCCCCAAGCCCUCGGAGACGUUCCUGGGACACGAUGCCAAGGGCCAGGAGGCAGUGGCCAUCCGCAGUUACAGACAGGCUGUGUACGACCUGACCUGGGAGAUCAUCCAGGAGAUCUACGCCGAAGACCCCAACGCACACCAGCCCCUGUGGAUGAAACCCCGUCGGGUCAACUCCUCCUCCUUCCACAGAGUCAAGUCUCCAGGCGACAUUACCAACGUCCAGGACUUCAUCGCCACUGAGGUUCUGAAGCUGUACGGUCUGAAGAAGGACAAGAACCAGAAGACAGACUGGCAGAAGAUGUUGAAGUUCGGGAGAAAGAAGCGAGAUCGAGUAGACCACGUUCUGGUCCAGGAGCUCCACGAGGAGGAGGCCCAGUGGGUGAGCUACGACGAGGACGAGCUCUUCGUCAAGAUGCAGCUGGCGGACGGCAUCUUCGACGCCCUGAUCAAGGACACAGCCGAGGUGUUUUCCCAGAUCCAGGACAAGAGAUCCCGACAGCCCUGGCUCUCCUGAAGUGCAGGUCGAGCCACGCUCACGACCCUCAUGACCCUGCCUCAGAACGGUCUUCCUUCCUUCAGCCACAGUGCCAACACUCCUGAUACCUUCAGACCUGCUAGCAAACCUCUCACCUGCUAAACGCUAACGUUAGCUGCUAGCUAACAACAAAUAGCUCAGUGUGGAUAGCUAGCUACCUUACCUGUCUUACUCCAGACUCCUCAGAUCCAGCCUCUGUUCACCGGUACCUCUGAUUGGCUAACACUCUGCUCAGGGUGGUCCAGGAGAACCCCUCUGAGCAGACUGGGCUGUGUGCGACCGUGCGGUGCCAUGCGUAGCGUCAAGUCCGUCAGUGCUGCUAAGUUGACAGGUCCAGGGUGACCUUGUCUUAUCUGAUGGGCACAGGUCACAUGGGCACAGGUCACAUGGGCACAGGUCACAUGGGCACAGGUCACAUGGGCACAGGUCACAUGGGCACAGGUCACAUGGAAGACUUCUCGAGAGAGCUGUGUGUGUGGGGAGAUGUCAACCUAAAAAAAAAAAAACUUUAAAAGACAAAAUGAAUUGUAUAGGCGUGUCUUUGUGGAUAUCAGAUUUGGUUGUAUAAAAGAGUAAUUAUAUUGCCUCCUGCUGUGUAAUAUUUAAUAUUGGAUGAGGAAUAUGUGAUUAGGACAAAAUGAUUAGUUCAAUAUAAGUAAUCUUGCUGUUAAUGUUUAGACAAAGAUUAUUUUAGCGUUUUGUACCGCAAAACUUAUUAAAUGGUAAAGCACAAAGUUACAUGUGAACAGGGCAGUAAACGGUAUUGUAAACGGAUUUUAAAGGAAUGUUAUUUGAAACUUGUACAAGAGCUCCUUUUUGUAUUUAAUAUUUAAACAUCGAAAUAUUAGUAAGUGAUCUUCAACCUUGUUCACCUCUUCCACCAGUUUACCUGUAGGUAAUAACUGUCAUGAAGCCUAACCAAUGCCAAUGUGUUCUUCCUGGUUAUUUCAGAAAUAUGUAAAACUGUUAUGCUGGAUUCAAGCCUUACCAAGUCUCCCAACUUAUUGAUUUAAAGUGCCUCCUUAGUUCUUGUAGCAUUAUCAAUGGCCUCGUUUCUAGAGGAACAAAACAACACAACACAGGCCUUAGUUCAUGUCUUAACCCCCGUUCUUGACCUCUUAUGAAUGACCUUCACAAAGACGAUCCACAGUUUUGUCAUGAAGACCUCUUCUUUUCCUUACUGUGAGAAUAUUCAGUUAUUUGCCUUAUCCAGUUGUACAGUCAAGGGUACAUUCUCAGUUAGGAGAAACGUGUUUUAGAUGCCUCCCACCUGCCCUUUCCUCAGGCAGGGUGAUUGUUCGGCAAGUUAACGGUUACAGAGACGACUCCUCUAAAGGUCUUGACGCUUCACUGACUCACACGCCGAUGUUGACCCGCUAAUGCUGUGCGUCACCGCUGCCGGUAAGCACGUCUGUGCGACCGGUCACAUCAGGUUCAGAUGAGAAAACCCACUGUCCUAGCAGCCACUGUUCCCUCCACGCGUCUCCUAGGCGACCGCUAACUACACCGCGAGUGGUCGGAAGUGAGUCAGACUGAUAAGCUGCCGUCAACCGCAGCUCACCAAGGGCUCGUUCUCUCUCAGACUCCACAACCUCGAUCCCAGGAACAAACUGACUGUCCACCUAGCAUGUCCUCACGUUAUGUCUGUCAGACGAAGUGACCUUAAUGUGUGGACAUUUGAUCUGUUUACUUGUCUUGUUACAAACAAGCCUUUUUUUUCUCUCUCCGCCAAUGUCGUUUUAUCUGGGAGGAAGAUUCAAAUUCAAGUGUAAACUGUCAACUGUCAAACCUUUUGCUGUAAUUGUCUGUGAUAUCCAUCUGUCCAUGCUAGUCCUGUUCAUAGAUGUGUGUGACAACAAACCAGUGAUGUGACUAGUAACUAAGAAAUGCUCUGUCCAAAGUGCAAACUGAACACUGUAGGAUAUUUUGAGUUGAUUGAAGCUCAGUGGUGUUAGUGUUCCAGAUCUAACCAUUUGGUCCUGUAUGCAUCAGACACAUCACAGCCUUGAACCUGUAGUUUAGAGUCAUCCCAUCAAAACUAGGCUGUGUAGUUCAGGGUUGGGUAGACACAAUACCUUAGACACAAUGCCUCAAGCUGGUUUUUGUACACAUUUCUCCUUUAGUGUAAACUGGUCCUAGCUGUGUACAGAGAGGCCACCUCCAUGACCUCUGCACCUCUCCAGGGUCUGACCUAAGGAUCACCAGGGUUCUCACUUUGCGGGGACAUCAACUUUGUCGAAAGCAAAUGACAUUAGGCACAAACGGUUCGAUAAUCAAAUUGAUAGCGUAACAUUAGCUUACAGAGAUCUUUUGUCAGUGUAUGAAUAUUUAUAACAAUGUACUGUGAGUAGGCUCUACGUUGUUUUCUGCAUGUAAAUAUCAGCAAGACUUGUCUGUUUCUCCCGUUGAACUGUGUGUCGACAGGACCCUGACGAUUUCUGGCAAGUGAAAUACAGUUCCUGUCACAAAUAUGUACAUAGUAUAUAUUUGUUAACUAAAUUGAACUUUGAGAUUGUAAAUAAAGCUUUCAUUAUUUCAGAAACGCAAUCCAAGGUUGUCGUUUAAUUGGAAACAUCAACUAAAAACUUACCAUCGUUA